CACACUACUUUUAGUACCAGUUAGUUACCUCACUAGCCAAAAUGUCAUGGCCGCCUUCGCCUUUGCGACAUAUGUACCGUGACAAGUCAUGUCAUUUGUGUCCAUGAUAUAUGAAAAAUUCCAAUGGCAGAUUCUUUCUUCGGGUUCGAUACUUCGUUAUCGAACUUAAAUGAUGACGAAGGUGGUGGCGAACCCUCAGAGGACGAGUACGACGCUCUCAACGAUGAGACCUUUGGCCAAGGUUCUGACGAGUUCGACUGGGAGGUGGAGCACGAGCAGCUCGCCGAACAGCUGGAGAGCAGCCGCAGACACAACAGCGGGAUCGACGACCUCGCUAACACACAGCUGGAGGCGUCGUUAUCACAGCUAGUCUUGGACGAGACGGAUGCACCACACUCGAGGUCUUUCUCCUCAAAUGUGUGGAGGCAUGACCCCAUCUUUCCAAGUGCUCCCACACCGGUGCAAGGAUUGAAGAAUGUGUGCACGGUGGAAGAACUGGAACGCCAGCUGCGGCAGAAGCAGGUGCCGCAGCCCAAUUUCAACCAGAACUACUUUCAGCCAAGAUUUCCACCAGUCAUACUACAAAGACCUCCGGGUCUUCAAGCCCCCGUCCCCUUACCAUUUGCACCCCAACAAUCAAUGUCCCACAACAUGAACCAACCGCUAACCAAGCUCAUGAACCAAAUGGGACAAAACAACCAACUACUACCGAACCACGUCAACCAAAUGGGCCAAAACGUAACACAGUUCAUGAACAACCAAAUUGGUAACCAGUUUCAAAACAACCCUAUAGGCCCAGGGAGUAAUAUGAUGAACCAACUCACGCAAAAUAUGAGUGUUCACCAAAUGGGACAAAACAACCAGAUGAUGGGACAGAAUGUUAACCAAAUGGGACAGAAUUUGAAUAUGAGUCAAAGUAUGGGUCAGAUGGGACAGAGUAUGAACCAAAUGGGACAAAACGUCAACCAAAUGGGACAGAACAUGGGACAAAAUGUCAAUCAGAUGUCUCAGAAUAUGAGUCAGAUGGGACAGAACGUCAACCAGAUGGGACAAAACAUGCAGUCGAUGGGACAAAAUCUUAACCAGAUGAACAACCAUAUGGGUAGCAACCAGAUGGGUCAGAACCCGAACCAGAUGGGUCAGAAUCCUAACCAGAUGGGUCAGAAUGUUAACCAGAUGAUGCAGAAUGGUAACCAGUUUCCUGGAAUGAGUCAGUUUCAGCAUAUGAUGGGUCAACCUAGGAUGAUGGGCCCUCCUCCCGGAAUUAAUAUGCAGAGGCCAAAUUUUAAUUCCAAUAUGGGCCAGUAUAAUCCUAAUUUUCGUCCCUCAAUGCCAUCAAAACCCGAGCAACCACUAAACCAACCGAACAUGAUGAUCAACCAACCAAUGCUGAUAAAAAACCAGCCGCAACCAAUUAACAACAUCAAACACUCACCCAGCAACCAAAUGAACCAUAUGAACCAAAUCAACCAAUCACCACAGAGUAAAAAUACUCCGAAACCGGUUCCGAAAGACCAAAAAGUCCAAAAAAGUCGAGUGUACAAUAAUUCUAAGCAAACACAGAAUUUGACUUCGCAAAAUUUGGUUCAAUUGAUACAAAAUACACAUCCGAUGUUGCAAUUUAAUAAUAGUUUUCAUAACGCUAAUCAUCAUCCGAUGUUGAAUAAUAGGAAUAAUGUAUUUACUAACAGCCAGUUUAGCCAUCCUAUGUUUAAUAAUCAGAGGGUGAAUGGUACUUUUAAUAAUAGGCAUUCAAUAAACGGCGAUGACGCAAGCGGAAGUGACACGGACGAAUAUGCAGGUCUUAUGACGGCCAGAGAGAAGCAAUGGCUUAUAAACAUACAGAUGUUACAGCUGAAUACUGGGACUCCUUAUAUACAUGAUUUUUACUAUACGGUGUUCUUAGAGCGACAAGCGAGCAAAGAGAAGGAAGGCGUCAAAGAGGCGCAUAAGGCGAACCAACAGAAUCAUCCAUUCUACAGCGGAGGAGUAAAACAAGAAUCCCACACCCACAGAGAACGUCACAACUCGAACAGACACAACUCGACCAGCGAGGACAGCGCCACUCCCCGGACAUACGUGCCCACGCAGUUCGAGAACUCGCUCGGCAAGUUACAGUGCGGCAGCGUGACGGCGCCGCGUAAGAUCAUCGACGUUGAAGUGGUGGGCGGCGACUCCGCGCCGUCCCGCAUGUCGCGAGCGUCCAGCGUCGCUAGCACUACGCAUCCUACUGAGGUACCCCGAGAAAUGAAGAGAACAAAACAACUCCUGCUUGACAUAGAAGCGCUAUACCUCAUACUGCUGCGGCUUGAAGAACUCAACGAUCCGCUCGCGAUAUCCAACGCGCUUAUACUUAAGGAAAGAGAAGAAAAACAGAAACAGUUGGAGGCGGCACAAAAAGAGGCGGAGAGUGAACAGCAAGAGGUCUCCAACUUAUUCCUCAAGAAUAUCGAGUCGGUGCAGCGGAGGCCGAAGCAGGACAGCCCUAAGAGCGAGAGCAUUGAUAAAAGACAGGUGGUGAACCUCGCAGUGAACCAGAAACCGGUUCCCACCAAGAAUCUCCUGGACGAAGACAAGGAUGACCUCAUAAACAAGAUGUUUGCGGGUCUACUGCACAGUGACCGGGUGCAACAGAUGCUCACUGUUAGAAAGGGACGGACGUUAAUAACUCGUUUCGUAUCCCGAGUACCGGCGACACACGGGCGGCUGCGCUGGCUGUGGGCGCGGGUGCUGCGUGCCCUGCCUCACGCGGCGCGGCGCGACGACACCGCCUGCGUGUCGCUCGCCAAGCAUUAUACUGAUUACAUACAAACGACAUCUGGCUGGGCGCCGAUACUGGAGUCGUGCGGUCUGCUGUCGGAAGCCUUCGACCCCGCCAGGACGCCCUAUGCGCUUACUACAGCUUUCACCCUAAGCUGCGUGUGCGCACUAAUAGACAAAGCAUCGAUGUUAGUCAACACUCCCGAAGCGACUUCCAACGAACGGCAAUGGUCGAAAUUCCUCAAAACACUCGCUCGAGCCCUCAAAAACACGACUUUAACAGUCGCAAGACCCGUAAAACCUAUGUCCGCAACAAAACUAACUUAUCAUAUGAAACAACUGGACUCUAGGACCACUAUAGAAAUAUUGCAAAGGGGAAAAACAGCAGAGUUCGCGGACUUAACGAAAACAGAAGUUGCUGAACAACUGAUCAAAUACUUGUGUUGAUAUUUACCUUGGAAUAAGUUUUCCAGAUAAUCGAUUAGUUUAGGUAUCGAGUUGGUAUCGAGUCAAUCGAUACUAGAGGAUAGUGACAAGAGAAAAAAAUGCGUUCGAUACAAGAUAUUUUUGAUGAAACGUUGAAAUUUUCAACUGGGAUAUGAUAAUAUGAAGUUUGUCGCUUCAGUUUUUUUUUAUUUUAUUUAAAUAGUUCAUUCAUUAUAAAUAAAAUCAGUUUGUCGCCGACUUCAGUGUAAAUAUAUCAAUAUAACACAGUUAUUAUUUAAAAGUGUUUUUAUUGUAGUUUUUUUAAAUGACAGAUAGAAUAUUUCUUUGAAAAAAGAAAAUGCAUUCGUAACUUAAUAAUUCUUGUUGAAAAACAACGGUUUUUACUUCGCGUAAAUUCAAAUUUUAAGCAGUAUAUCAACGCUGAAUGUUAAGCUUUCCUUACAAAUAAAUAUUUUAAUACAUUUACUGGAUAAUAAUGUCAAAAAUUUUCCAUUUUAAGAUGUAAUAUUUUUCAUAUAUUACCCAUCUUUAUAUAACCACUCAAUGGACUUCCAAGUUUUAAUUUUUUAUUUGCCUUCAAAUAACAAUAAGCAAAGGUGCAGCUAAGACUAUUUUCAGAAAUUACAAAGUACGCAGUUUUGCAAUACUGCACAAAGGAAAAUAAUUUCCAUACUAUUUGAUCAAUAACAAAUUAUUUGUUUUUAUUUUACAUAUGGUAGGUCUGCUUAUCCCAUCAAAAAAGCCUUGAUUUCUUAGUUUAUGAAAUUCACUAUUUUAAAAACAAUUUUUUUUAAACUAUCGGGCCACUAUCGGUCGACUGUUUGUGUCAGUGUGGGUAGGUUUAAACUACAAAUAAUUGUGAAUAUUCAGUUUUGUAAAUUUUAAUUUUUAACAUUAAAUACAUUACCAAGAAUUAAUAUAUUAACGUGGUAUUUGAAAGAAAUUAGAUAAUUAAUAUUUGCUGCCCAUGCGAAAUAAAUUAGUAUAAUUACAAAAAAACGCAUCAAGUGUUGUAAAAUUGAUUAAUAUUUUCCUAGUAGUUUUUAACGGUAAUAACCACUGCCCGAAAAUAUAUGGUAGUUUUAAAAUAAUAUUGCAAAAAGUAUUGAUGUUAAAAUGUUACAAAAAAGUAAUUCUUUUAGCUUUUUCACGAGAUUAGGACGUUUUCCGAAAUUAAAAAAUCUUUUAUUUUAACUUUAAAAAAUAAACAACAUUUUUGGUAAGAAAUUACCAAUGACAGGCUUUUCAAUUUAGGCUGACAGGUAAUUAGUGACACAUACUUGAACAUGUGACUCUACUCAUGAUUAAAAACAAUUUUCCCAAAGAAAACUUUAUUUUUUAAUUACAGUAACUUAAAAGCUGUUUCUAACUUUGAACCUCGCCGGAAUUUUCAGACAGUUUUUUUGCUAUUGUAAUUAAACUAAUUAUUAUCUAGUGGGAAAGUUGUUUGGUCACUAAUAUAUUUAGUAUACAUACAUAUAUUCAGCGUUUGUAAUUUAUAUACCUAAAGUCGAUUUUUCAAUUCAACUUUUAAAUAUUUAUUUAGUCAAGUCCGUAACUAUUAUCGAAAUUGGCGAAUAAUUUGUUCUGUUAGGAUUUGGAAAUCAAUCUAUCGAAAAUGUACUAAAAAUUCUUCUAUUCGAAAAUUUUAUUAUGUCGAAAUCACUUGGGGUCAUUCUGGACCCCUUAAAGCUUCAUACACACGUGUUUAUGGUACUUUAAACCCCAAGACGGGUUAUAUUAUCUAUGACAACGGUAUUGCCAACUUAUAAUCGCAAUUUUUUACUAAAAAAACUUAAAAUCUCAAAAAAAUGAGCACUUGUCUAAUACGCAAUAAUUGUGUAGAUACUAUUAUAUAUAAAAAAAAUAUGUUUGUAAAAAUUCACUUCGGUAACUCAACGUAAACACAUUUUAUCAUUUAAAUCAUUUAUUCCUGUAAAUAUUAAGUAAUAAAAAAAGUUUUAUUCUUUUUUAGAUUUAGUAGCUUUUAAUUUUAAACUUGAAAAAAAAUAUCAUGCUUUUAUUUAAUAUAUAAAAGGGCUUAUCCAUUGAAUUUAGAAACUAUGGAACUCAUAUGUUUUAGAAUCCAUAAAAAUUCGUGGAGUAUAGUUAUUGUUAAUAAUUAAUUAUUAUUAAUAAGAGAAAGGUGAUUCUAAAACUGAAGUUUUUUCAUUUAAAAAACUAUGUAGUAUCAAUGUGAUAAGAAUUAGGGUUCAAUAUCUUUUUUAAAUGGGUUUUUAACCAGGCAAUGUAAGGGUGAGGGGUCGAUUAACUGUUAAUUUUAUUUAAUUUGAACCCAAUUUAUUUCACAUUAUAAUUGUUUUUCCAAUGUCAAGCAUUUAUUACAACUUGACCAUAUUUUGAAGUAUAUAAUUCCAUAAUUCGUUUUUUUUACUCUAAAUACCAUAGGUUUUUAAAUAGAAAAGUUUUCAUGUUUUAGAAUGCACCUUUUUUCAUGAACUUAGGCCGAAUGGCAAAGGGUGAAGCGAGAAACGUCACAUAUAUUUUUAUUUUACAAAAAUCGUGGAUCCUACUGUCUUUGGUAAAAUCUGAGAACUGACUUUUGAUUCGAUAUAAUUCUUUAAAAUGAUCGUCAAAAUUGAGUCCUAUUUCUUCUACUCAAACGGUCGAUAAAUGUAUUUUUUUUUCGUGUGUGAUUAGUGAUGUGAAAAAGUCCGUUCUCAGAACGCAAAAUCACAUUUUAAUAUUUGUUUUAAAUUUAAUGUGACUUUGAUGGUAGUUUUAUAUGUUUAACGGUAUAUUUUCUUUGUAGAAGUGGCCUGGAUGUAGUUUUAAGGCUAAAUAUUUGCCGCGUAAUAUGUUAAAUGUAAAAUGUUGUUCUAAAGUUAAUUCCUGGCCUCAUAUCUACAUGCCAGGCCACAUUAGCGGGGUAACUUAUAUUUUUUGGCCCAAAAUCUAGACUCAUUAAAUAUUUUUUCUCAAAAAUCGAGUCUUAUAGCAAAUGCAAUCAAUUAACUUUGUACUUUUGUGUGCGCUCUUUUAAUACCUAUAUUAUUAACUAAUAUAAAACUUAAUAUAUUGGCUGUUUUGACUAUGUCGAUAGGUAUAUUUUUUAAUCAAAAUCGACAGCUUUAUUUAUGAAAUACGUAUGAACGACUAAAUGUCGAUAAAUGUAAUCGACUCAUUUUUAUUUUGGCGAUUGAAGCAACGAUCCUGACUAUCGAUAAAAUUUGUCGAUAUCGACAAACACGCACGCAAAAGUGAGGCGCAAUAAUAUAAAGAUAUAGAUUAUUAUAUAAAUUUGUAUAUACCAUACUGCCAAUAAAUAAAAUAAAAUAUGAAAAUAAAAAAAUCGUGAAAAUUGUUAAAAAAAAGGAAAUUUGUUUUUUUUUUUUUGUAAAGUAAAUAGUUUUUCAUGAUUUGGUAGGCAAAGGUCGCGUUGUAUUCUUUUUUUACUAUUAGUAGUUUUUAGUUAUUUUUUAUCCGAUAAAAUAAAAAUAGUAUAAAUUGUUUAUAGAAACAA